AUGGUCGUCAAAGAAAUCACCUCCUACACAACCCUCCAGAAAACAAUCCAAUCCCCGACGCCCACAGUCGUCGAUUUCACGGCCGGCUGGACCGGUCCCUGUCGUCCGAUGUUCUCGGCCUUUGAGCAGAUCUCCCAUACAACACCGCACAUGGCGUUUUACCGGAUGGACGUGCGGAAGUUGUCGGACGAGGAGAUCGCCAAGCUGGGGAUUGUGGCGAUGCCGACGUUAUGGUGUUCCGGGAGGGGAGGAAGGUGA